AUGGUUCCUACUGCCACAGACAAGAUUAAUGGUCAUGUCGGAAAGACUAAAGGAAAAAAGAAGAGUGUAAAGAAAUCUGUACCCAAUGACAAUGAAAGUAUUGCUAGUACAGAUGAAGAACUUGCAGAAGAAAAUGAUAGAAAUAAAUUUCAAGAAUACGAAAGUGAUGAAGAUGAAGAAGAAACUGCACAGGAAAAGCGUGUGAGAUUGGCAAAAAAAUAUCUUGAGCGAAUUGAAGAAGAAGAGAGAGAUAGAGCAGAAUUUGAACAAGGAGCAGUCACAAAAAGGUUACACGAAGAAUAUUUGGAAGAAAAAGGACGAUUACGAAAAACCGUAGCAUCAAAUUAUGUUAGUCACAGUGAACCAAUUGUUUUGAAAUGUAAAGAACACAGAGAUUCUAUUACCUGUAUAUGCCUUUCUGGCAAUGGGAAAUUCUUAUAUUCUGGCUCAAAGGAUGGUGGUUUAGUUAAAUGGUCGUUAAAAGAAAGAACUAAGUUAAAAGCCAUCAAGGGGAAAAGAAAAACUCAAGAUGGAAUAAAGUGUGUACAGUGUAUGGCUGUAAGCUCUGAUAGUAAAUUUUUGGUAUUAGGAGAUAAGGGCUGCAAAGAUAUUAGGGUUUUUAGUGCUGACACUUUGAACCACAUAAAGAAUUUGCAAGGUCACAGAGGCACUGUGACUGGUUUGGUGUUCCGUAAGGACACGCACACGUUAUACUCUGCUUCUGAAGACAGAAGCGUAAAAGUAUGGAAUUUGGAUGAUAUGGCAUAUGUUGAAUCUUUAUUUGGUCACCAAAGCGGCAUCACAUCGAUUGAUGCACUCGCACGGGAACGGGCUGUUACGAGCGGUGGUUUUGACGGGACGAUUCGAAUUUGGAAAAUUGUAGAAGAAUCACAACUCAUAUUCAAUGGACACGGUGGCAGUAUAGAUAGCGUGAAGCUUAUAAAUGAAGAAAAUUUCUUUAGCUGUGGAGACGAUGGACAGUUGUCUGUCUGGGGUUGUUUAAAAAAGAAACCAUUAUGCUCGGUGCCAAAUGCACAUGGACGGGACGAAACGAACAAUCAGCCAAUGUGGAUUUCCAGUAUAGCCACGUUACUCAAUACAGAUCUAGUCGCGUCGGGUUCACGAAAUGGCACUAUAAAAUUAUGGCAAUGUGCAGACUCCUUCAGGUCGUUGAGUCCACUAUUCGAAAUUCAAUUACCAGGCUUCAUAAACUCACUAUAUUUCACUCCGGAUGGAACUGAACUUAUCGCUGGGGUUGGUCAAGAACAUAGGCUUGGUAGAUGGUGGCGUAUACCAGAAGCGAAAAAUAGUAUUGUUAUAAUACCAUUAGUUCAAACGAAAAAUAAAUAGUUUAUGCAACAAAAAUUGAAGAAUUUGCAAUUGUAAAUGAAUGUUCAUUCGUUGUACAGAGCGUAUAGUUUUUGAUACAAUUAAUACAGAGAAACGUUUUUAUGUAUUAAAGAGAUUAUUUACUUUUUUUUUACAGCCAUUUGUUACAGUCUACUGUUAUUAUAAUUAUGGUCUAUUCAUUAUACUCUAUUCAGUGAUUCCUGGGGUCAUCGUAUUCGAUUUCUAUUCAUCGGAAUGCUAAUGAAAUAAAACAAAUAUUGGU